AUGCAAAAUUAGAGAUUUUUUCACAUUUCAGCCAUUUAGUUCUUGCUUACUAGCAAAAAAAUGAUCUUUAAAAAAAGAAAAUUAAAAAAAAAUAUGAAUCCACCAAAUAAUAACAGCUUCAACAACAAGAGAGGCUUCACCCAAUAUAUAUAGAGAAAAAGGUCGUUUAGCGCCUAAGGAUAAGUUAGUAUUCAAAUCAUUUUUCAUAAAAUCAUUAAUAAAAAUAAGGAUGUUAUUGGUAAAUUAAAGAACAAGGUGGGGUUGAAUUAUUACAACUCACUAUAUUUUAACUCUUUAAAAGUACUUUAUUGA